AUUUUACAGGAUGCUAGGGUCCAAAAAACAAAUGAAUUAUAUAUAACUAAUCAGAUAACUGAUAUUAGUUAAUAGUUUUGUGAAUCGAUGGUGAUACCAGGUGUGAUCCAAUCUUAACAGUUUCUGUCUACAGUAUAUAGCUGUUGAUAAGAAAUGAUGGCAGAAUCGGAACGAGUUCCUCUCCUCGGAGACAGUAGAGACAACCAACCUACCCAUAACAACUACACAAGUACAGAUUUGAUUCAUACAGAUUUAAAUCAUACAACUACAAGAGACUCUUACGAUAAAUUUGACGAUCAAAGAAUUUUUUCUAAUAGUAUGAGUGAUCAAAUAAAACCUAUUAAUUUAUCAUGGCAGAAUGUAAACUGUAGUGUUGAAGUACCAGUGGGAAAGGGGUGUUGUCGUAAGGACAGUGGGGCCACAGAAACAAAAUAUGUUUUAAGAGAUGUAAAUGGUUUGGUUAAACCUGGUACGUUAUUAGCCAUCAUGGGAGCUAGUGGGGCUGGUAAAUCUACUCUAAUGAAUGUUCUAACAUGUAGAAAUGUUAACCAGUAUAAAUUAGGUGGUCAGAUCAAAGUAAAUGGUCUGGUGGUAGGUCGAGGAAUCAGGAAUAUUUCUGCAUAUUGUCAACAGGAUGAAUUAUUUAUACAUACACUAACAGUCCGAGAACAUUUACAAUUUAGGGCGUUAUUAAGAAUGGAUAAAAGUAUAUCUAAAGAAGGUAGACUACAACGAGUUGAGGAGGUCAUAAGAGAGUUAGGUUUAUCUUCAUGUGCUGAUACUCAGAUUGGAGGACCAAGGACUAGAGGUAUUUCUGGUGGAGAAAUGAAAAGAUUAUCAUUUGCAUCAGAGGUAUUAACCAAUCCUCCGUUAGUAUUUUGUGAUGAACCUACGUCAGGUUUAGAUACGUUCAUGGCACAGAAUGUUGUUCAGACAUUAAAAUUAAUGGCUUCUAAAGGUCGUACAAUACUCUGUACAAUUCAUCAACCUUCAUCAGAAGUAUAUGCUAUGUUUGAUCAAGUAUUGUUAUUAGCUAAAGGUAGAACAGCUUUCUUAGGCUCGGCUCAAGAUUCCUAUGAUUUUUUUAAAGGAUUAAAUUAUCCAUGUCCAGUAAAUUUUAAUCCUGCUGAUUUUUAUGUUUUAACUUUGGCCAUUGUUCCUGGUAAAGAAGAAGCCUGCAGUUCUAAAGUCGAAGCAAUAUGUGAUGCAUUUCAACAAAGUGAACAUACCAAAAAGAUGGUUGAAGAAACCGACAAAAUCAACGGUCAAAAUCCAGGGGAAGAAAACUAUUCAUUGGUGCAAGAUGCAUUUAGUGAUGAAUCUAGAUAUACAGCUAGUUGGCUUCAACAGUUUCGAACUGUGUUUUGGAGAAGUUGGGUUGGUUUGUUACGUGACGUUGUAUUGUUCCGUGUUAGAGUUUUCCAGACAUCGGUUGUUGCAUUGAUAUUAGGUUUAAUUUAUCUACAACAAGAGAAUGACCAGACGGCUGUCAUGAAUAUUAAUGGCUGUUUGUUUUUACUUAUCAUUAAUAUGUCUUUUACCAGUAUGUUUGCUGUAGUUAAUUCGUUUCCUAUUGAAGUGAAUAUAUUUUUACGUGAAUAUGGUAGUGGUUUAUAUCGUGUGGAUGUUUAUUAUCUGAGUAAAUCCUUAGCUGAGUUGCCAAGUUUUAUUCUUAUUCCUUUUAUAUUUAUAUCUGUGGUAUAUUGGAUGGUAGGAUUAUAUGCAAGUGCUGAGGGCUUUUUAAUAUGUGCUGGUUUGGUUGUACUUGUAGCUAAUAUUGCCAUGUCCUUCGGUUAUUUAAUAUCUACAUUAACAAGAUCUGUUGACAUCGCCCUAGCUAUAGCCCCACCUGUACUUAUACCAUUCAUGCUGUUUGGUGGUUUCUUCCUUAACUCAGGGACAACUCCAGUUUAUUUUAUAUGGUUAGAAUAUAUUUCAUGGUUUAAAUAUGCUAAUGAAUUGAUGUCUAUUAACCAAUGGAAACAUGUUACACAUAUAGAUUGUAAAAUAAAUGGUACAAUUAUACCAGGUAAUGUGACAAUACCAGGAGUGCCUUGCUUUCAAAAUGGCUACGAUGUUCUUAGUUCUCUCGACUUUGAUGAGGACAAUUUUGUUUUGGAUAUAUCCAUGUUAUUUGGUCUUUUAGUGGGUUUCAGACUUAUAGCUUUUAUAUUACUGUUGAUCAGGGCAAAACGAUCCUCCGCAUAAAUAUAGAGACAUUUUACUUUUAUUUUAUAAUUGUACUUUUUAGCCAAAAAUAUUUUGAAAAUACAUGUAUAUAUUGUUGUUAAACCAAAGUUUUCACACAAUGGCAAUUUGAAUGUACUCAGUUUAUCAUUUAUUUAACUUUAAAAUCAUUUCUUAGCCAAAAUUUUUACUUUGCAGAAAUUUUUAAUAUUUUUAUUUCAUUUACUAAGUCAUUACUCAUAUGUCACACAGUAAUUCAGAUUAAUCUAUUCAUCUUAAUAUGUAAAAUUAAGAUCCUUAGGUUUCUUGUUUCUCUUAUGUUGAUAUCAGUAUUGUUUACUGAAAAAAUUGAUAAACUUGUCAUUGUUGUCAUUGAUAGACGGAUAUCUUAUUGAAUGGCUGAUAAGUAUUUUUCAAUAGCUGUUCAAUUUUAUUCAUUGACUGUUCAAUAUUAUUCAUUGAUUGUUUAAUAUUAUUCAUGACUGUUCAAUAUGAUUCAUCGACUGUUCAGUAUUAUUAAUUUAUUUAUAGACUAUUUAAUAUUGUUUAUUGACUGUUUAAUAACUGCUCAAUUUUGCUUACCAAUUGGCCAAUAUCAGUUACUAAACAGUCAAUAUUCGUUAUUAGUUUAUGGUCAGAAACAUUUAUUGAUUGCUCAAUUGAUUACUCAGUGGCAUUUAUUGUUUGGUUAAUAUUAACUAUUGAAUGGUCAUUAUCAUUUACUGAGUGUAAUAAAUGUAAUUUAUAUCAUAUAUCGAUUGCUCAAUAUAAUUUGGCUGAAUAAUAAUUACCAGUAUUAUUAAUUAAACUGAUAUUAAUUGAAGCAGAGCUUAUUUGAUGCAAUACCUCAUAGAUAAAUUUUAGUAAUUAUUUUCUUAUAUUGAAUGUUUACACUAUACUGAAGCAUAUCUUAAUUUACUUUGAUGACGGCACCCAUUGAUUAUUGUAUAGCUAGCUAGUAGAACUCACUACACCAUUCAGCUAACUUCCUGUAUAGUUGUCGAGUAGAACUCACUAAACCGUUCAAUUAAGUUUAGUUGUCCAAUAUGACCAUAUUUGUAUUACGGGUGUGCGAUAAAUUAAUUAAAAUAUACUCAUAUUAUUUGUUCAAGACACAGACAGUGGUUGAGGACUGUAUAAUGGAGAGACCAAUUUUAUUAUUCAAUUUGAUUCUUCUGUUCAAUCAAGUUCAAUGUAUAAAUAAUGUAUGUGAUAAAUUAUAUUACUAUCAAAAAAAGAAAGGUUAUAGGCUGUGACAAUAGCAAUUUUUACAAUAUCUUUUUGUUCCCCGCCUUUCGAAGAAAGCAGGGGACUAUUAAAAUGGGUUCGUCUGUCUGUCUGUCUGUCCGUCCGUCACACUUUUUGGGACACAAUAACUCUCCUUCUAAUUGACCUAGAAUGUUCAAUCUUGGUGUAGGUGUUUAUUAGGUCAAUGCCUUGAUGGAGUGUGAAGAUAAGCAUUUUCUGCUUAGGAUAAGCAAAGAUAAGCAAUUUGAUUGGUUGAUGCUUUGGGACACGAUAACUUUAGUUCCAAUUAAGUGACAGUGAUGAAACUUGGUGUAUAGUUUCAUUACAUCAAUACCUUGACUAAGUUCGAUGAUGAGCAUUUUUUGCUUAGGGUAAGCAGAGCGAUAAGCAAUUUGCUUGGCCGAGACUUUGGAACACAAUAACCCUCCUUUUAAUUGAGCUAGAAUGUUCAAACUUGGUGUAGGUGUUUAUUAGGUCAAUGCCUUGAUGGAGUGUGAAGAUAAGCAUUUUCUGCUUAGGGUAAGCAAAGAUAUGCAAUUUGAUUGGUUGAUGCUUUGGGACACGAUAACUUUAGUUCCAAUUAAGUGAGAGUGAUGAAACUUGGUGUAUAGUUUCAUUACAUCAAUACCUUGACUAAGUUCGAUGAUGAGCAUUUUCUGCUCAGGGUAAGCAGAGCGAUAAGCAAUUUGAUUGGCCGAGACUUUGGAACACAAUAACCCUCCUUCUAAUUGACCUAGAUUGUUCAAACUUGGUGUAGGCGUUUAUGAGGUCAUUGCCUUGAUGGAGUGCGAAGAUCAGCAUUUUCUGCUUAGGGUAAGCAGAGAUAAGCAAUUUGAUUGGUUGAUGCUUUGGAACACGAUAACUUUAGUUCUAAUUAAGUGAGAGUGAUGAAACUUGGUGUAUAGUUUCAUUACAUCAAUACCUUGACUAAGUUCGAUGAUGAGAAUUUUCUGCUUAGGCUAACGAGCAAUAAGCAUUUUGAUUGGUCAAACUCUUCUUCUAAUUGAGGUAGAAUGUUUAAACUUGAUGUAGAUGUUCGUCUUGACUGAGUUCAACAACUCUUCUUCUAAUUGAGGUAGGAUGUUUAAACUUGAUGUAGGGGGGUUGGAUGGCUGAAUGGUUAGCGUGCGCGCGCUGUAUCAUAAACUCUGUCAUUGAGUCGACUGGCGUGGUUUUGAAUCCCGGGUUGUACGUGGCAAGGAAUAGGGUCGCCUGUCCAACCUCGUGGGUUUUCUCCGGGUCCUCCGGUUUCCUCCCACUGCUAAAGACCCCUAAGCGCAAGCGAAUUAUGUAAAUAAAAUUAAACCAUAUGUUAGUCCCGAAAUGACCUAGUUUGUGUCGAGUGAACGUUAAACCCCAUUUCUCUCUCUCUCUCUUUAAACUUGAUGUAGAUGUUCGUCUUGACUGAGUUCAAUGAUUAACAUAUCGAGCUAAAGCUAAGCAGAGAUAAGCAAUUUCCUGCUUUGGGACAAGAUAACUUUGAUUCUAUCUGAUAGAGAGUGAUGAAACUUAGUGUAUAGUUGAUAAUCAGUUUGAUUGCUUGAUACUUUGGAAAAAAAUAGAUGUGCGAUUAAUUAAUAUGUGUCAUCUAUUUAUUUGGGGAUUUCGGCGGGGACAUCAGCCUCACUGUUGGCUUGUUAUUCUUUAAAACUAUCAGUGUGUGAUAAUAAUGAUUUUAUUGUGUGUCAAUAUUUAACAUAUUUAUUAAUUUAAGGAACACAAUCAUUUGACAAUAUUUAUAUUUUACUUUCAUGUUGCGUGCUAAAUAUUUAAGUUUUAUGUAAUAACUUAAAAGUGUCUCAAUCUAGUAUUUGUCUCGUUUUAUUCAUUUGUAAAUACCACAUUGAAUGUUGAUUGUUGAUGUAUAUUUUUAUAAACUCCAUCAAUCAAUCCUCAAGAAGCCUUUUCAAAAGUAAGCUUAAGAGUUAUCUCCAUCUUAAUGUUCCAACUUAUAUUUCUUUGUGAAUGUCAUUUAGGGUAGAGUUAUAAAUUUUAAGUAAUUGAAUAUAAGCACUGUGGAAGGGGAUAUGGGUUCUGCCUCUGCGUCAAUUGUAAAAAAUUGGAUUUGAAUCGGCGAUGUUUAAAUGAAAUUGUAUGCAAAUUUUUAAGAGCUGUAGCGAAUCAUGUUGAGUUGAGUCAAUAUACCCUGUGUUGUAUUCAAAUAAUUUUUGAAAUAGACUAAGAUGAUUUAUAGAGUUAAUCCCAGGAUUAAUCACAAGUUAACAAUCCAAGUAUAAAAUGGAAAAAAAAGUGUUGGUAUAAGUUUAGGUAGAAUAGCUUCAAUCUUGAAAAUUUAAUUUUAUCUGAAAGAGGCUAAAACCUUUUUAUGGUCAAAAUCAAACAUUUCAAUUAACAAGAAGUCAGUUUGUGAAAUUCUGUUCCAAAUUAAAGUGGUCGUAUAUUUUGAAUAUAAAACAAGUAGAGAUUAAUAUUUUAAUUUUUAUUGUAUUAACUGUAUUGUAAAAUGUAUCUUUUUUUACAAAUAAACAAACUAUUAUGGCUGU